GGAAAAACCCCCAGGCUAAAUUUCCCCACAGCCGUCUCCCCGCCGGACUUGGGUGGCUAUGACGAGCCGGCAAUGGUUCAGACCCUGGUCCCUUUCCCCACAUCCCUCAUCUCGCCUUGGGCUCUUUGCUCGAAAGCACGCGGCAGAGAAGCUCUGCGCCUCUUCAUUUACCAGUUUGUCGACACGCAACGGCUCUAGUGCAUCGCAUGAGCGACCUAAUCAACCACAUAUUAAAUGUCCUCGCUUGGGCCCAAUCGCUUACCGUCUCCGGCCUCCGCCAGUGGAGUUAAGUGGACAAUGUCGGGUCCGUUUGGUCGUUUGGUCGUUUGGUCCUCUUUCCUGUUUCCCCAGCAAAGCUGAGCUUUUUACCAAGUUGAGCUCGUGAGGACUUUUUUUUUUCUCUCUCUCUCCUUCGGUUUUCCGUCAAUGCCCACGCCAAAAGUCAAUUCCGGUGUCUAGUAGCUUCUGUCCUGUUGACGAUGCAAAAAUUCUGGUGACGUGGGGUUCCUACCUGCCU